CCCAAGAUCCCUUCCUCUCACUGCUCUGCUGAAAAAGAGGAGAAAAAAGUGACUGUCUUAGUUAAAAACCCACAUACACCAGUCAGACAUGUCAUUGCCUUCUUAAGACAAUUCUGCACUGUGGUGGGAAAUCCUACGAAGAACCUGGAUGGGAAUGGCUUCUGGAAUUCAAGCUGGUCUGUGACUGUCCGACUGAAGAAAGACCCGUCCACAUCUGAUGGUCUUCAACACUUACCACAGAGAUGCACCUUGGGGAACGCAGAAGCUCUCAUCACUUACUCAGACAUACCUCAGAUCUGCAAAGGAAAUCCAGGCCAGAAAUUCAAGGACUCUCCAAGGAAAACAACCUGCAACCUUCAGGACCAGGAAAACCAUGUUGACCAGGAAUGUCCCAAGAAGAGCCAGAUGCAGAUCAAAAUAAAGCAAGAUAAUAUGGCUGUGUUGUCUUCUAUACCAGUGGAGAUGAGGAACGAACUGCUGGCCGGUGUAGAAUACAUCAAGACUCUUGCAAACAGAUUCCAGAAUCUGGAUCCUGUCAUGGUUGACUUGUUUGGGGAAAAACUAGCAGAGAGACUUUGUCAAAAAUAUACUGGGCACUGGUAUCCUGAGAAGCCCAUGAAAGGACAAGCCUACAGGUGCAUCAGGAUCAACAGACAUGACAGGGAUGAGAGCAUCUUGGAAGCAUGUUCCCAGAGUGGCCUAAAAUAUCAUGAACUGACCCUGCCCAAGGAGAUGACCGUGUGGAUUGACCCUUAUGAAGUCUCCUUCCGGUUAAGAGAAGAGAGUAAUCCGUACACAGUGGCCAGGUUCGAUCCGAGGACUCCUCACCUUCCAGAUCCUUCUUCUAGAGUUCCCAACUCUAGUUAUGCUGAUUGCUCCACACCCACACCAGAAGAAGACAGUUCAAUAGGCAGCUCAUCACUCCCAUCAUCUCCAAGUCUUAAUGGUGAGGACAGUGACAGUGGGAUAGAUGUCAACUGUGAUAGAACUACUACCCCUCCAAUGUCAUGUAGUCCAACAGAGGAGCACAUCUGGAGGAACCCAGCAGUAAAUCAGGACUCUCCUUCCGCCAUAUUCAGAAUGUCGCCCCCUCUCUGGAUUCCAGCAUGGAGGGCUCCCCGGCUCUGCCACCCAGACCCCCAGCAGUUUCACUGGUUGUAGAUACUGUGAGGAGCAGUAAACAUUGGGGAUGUAUAUGUACUGUGUAGACUAUGGGGGUG